CAUAGCAGACAUGUACCCUUCUGUCAAAGUUCUUGAAAGAAUCACUGGAAUUAGGAAAAAGCUGGAGAAGGUACACAAACAGGUCGAUGAAGUACUGGAAAACAUCCUCAGUGAGCACAAAGUUAAAAGAGCAGUACCAAAACGUGGAAGUGGGGAAGAAGCAAAGGAUCAGGAUCUGGUAGAUGUUCUUCUCAAAGUUCAGAGUUCAGGAGAACUUGGAGCACAACUUACUGACAACAAUCUCAAAGCAGUCAUCUUUGACAUGUUUAGUGGCGGUGGAGAGACAUCGUCAACUACUGCAGAGUGGGCAAUCGCUGAAAUGAUUAACAAUCCAAGAGUGAUGAAAAGAGCACAAGAUGAGGUACGUAGAAUUUUUGGUGAAAUAGGAACCGUAGAUGAAUCGCGAAUUCGUGAUUUAACAUACUUACAAGCAGUCAUCAAAGAAACACUUAGACUGCACCCUCCUGUUACACUUUUACCUGCAAGGGAAUGCAGCGAACGAUGCGAAAUUUAUGGAUACGAAAUCCCUGUUAAAACCAGAGUCAUCGUCAAUGUUUGGGCAAUUGGUCGAGAUCCCAACUACUGGACCGAUCCUGAGAAAUUCAACCCCGAGAGGUUUCUUGAAUCUCAAACUGAUUUCAGAGGGACAGAUUUUAAUUACAUACCAUUUGGCGCUGGAAGAAGGAUAUGUCCGGGAGUUUCAUUUGCUUUGCCUAAUAUUGAGCUACCUCUAGCACAAUUGUUGUACCACUUUGAUUGGAAGCUGCCAGGUGCAGCUGUGAAACAAGAACAACUGGACAUGUCUGAGACCUUUGGCUUGACAACCGGUAGAACACAGGAUUUGGAGUUGCUUCCAAUUCCUUACCACCCUUUUUUCUAA